CCCCGCCCCCCCACUUCCUCCUCUCUCUCGGCUAUAAACCUCUCGACCUCGCUCUCCUUCGAUACCGACACGAACGAGGCCAAGCAAACCUAAUUCUUCUCUGAAGCCAUCUCUCCGAACCCAAUCAUGGGAGAAGAGGACGCCUCUCUCUCCUCCUAUCCACAUACCCAUCCCGUGGAUCGCCCCCGAGAACCAGCCGCAGGGGAUCAUGGGCCGGCGGUGGAGGACCCGAAGGAGGCUUCCGGCGAAGAUCGGAUCGAAGGGGAUAGUAGUGCGUACCGGAAGGAGGAGCGGCUCGUAGGUCCGCCGUCGCACUUGCCGCAGCCGCAGGCGCCGCCGGGUCUCACCAAGGCGCGGUCCACUGGGCCGGAUGAAGAGCGCCGCCCCAUCGAACGCUCCGUCUCCCUCAACUCCACCGCCGCUGCCGUAGACGUCUCCGCGAUCGGGAAGUACCUCCACAACCGGGGCAGCGUUUUCUCCGCCGCCAUCGCGAAGCGAAUCUCCUCCCUCAAGGUGCCCCCAUCCGGCGACGGCGACUGCGGGCCCAACGGGUCCGUAACCGAGUUCCGCCUCUCGGGACUCAAGGUGAUCGUACGGCUCAAGGGCGAGAACGAGCGGGCGGAGGCCGAGCCGGAGGGCGGCGAGAUCAAGGGCCGGGUCAGCUUCUUCUCGCGCUCCGGCUGCCGCGACUGCGGCGCCGUCCGAUCAUUCUUUCGUGAGCAGGGCCUCCCGUACGUGGAGAUCAACGUGGACGUGUUCCCGGAGCGACAGCGGGAGCUGGUGGAGCGGACGGGGAGCUCAGCCCUGCCAGCGAUCUUCUUCAACGAGAAGCUGCUUGGGGGGCUGGUGGCGCUCAACUCGCUGCGUAACAGCGGGGAGUUCGAACGGCGGCUGCGGGAUAUGGCCGGGGUGCGGUGUCCGGAUGCGGCGCCGCGGGUGCCGGCGUACGGUUUCGACGACGAGGAAGAGUUGCGCGGGGAGCGGCCGGACGUGAUGGUGGCGAUGGCGCGGGUUCUGCGUCACCGCCUCCCGAUCCAGGACCGGAUCACCAGGAUGAAGCUGGUCAGGAACUGCUUCUCCGGGAGCGACAUGGUGGAGGCCAUCAUCAACCACCUCGACUGCGGCCGCAAGAAGGCUGUGGAAAUCGGUAAAGAGCUCGCCAGGAAGCACUUCAUACAUCAUGUAUUUCGGGAGAAUGACUUUGAAGACGGGAACAACCAUUUCUACCAUUUUCUUGAGCAUGAACCAGUAAUUCCAAAAUGUUUCAACUUUAGAGGAUCAACAAAUGACAAUGAACCCAAACCAGCUACCAUUGUCGGCCAGAGGCUAACUAAGCUAAUGACUGCAAUACUUGAAGCCUAUGCAUCCGAUGAUAGGCGUCAUCUGGACUAUGGCCGUAUCGGUGCCAGCGAGGAGUUCCGUAGAUACGUUAACCUGGUCCAAGAUCUUCAACGGGUCGACAUUUUUGGCCUGUCAGCUGAUGAGAAGUUGGCCUUCUUCCUGAAUUUAUACAAUGCAAUGGUCAUUCAUGCCAUUAUCAGAAUCGGCCAACCUGGAGUGAUCGACAGGAGGGCUUUCUACACCGACUUCCAGUAUAUAGUUGGAGGCUAUCCUUUUUCGCUUUCCUCCAUAAAGAAUGGCAUCCUCCGUUCCAACAGAAGGCAGCCUUACUCCUUGGUCAAGCCUUUCAGUGCUGGUGACAAGCGAUUAGAGUUGGCUUCCACAAAGGUGAACCCUUUGAUCCAUUUUGGUCUAUGCAAUGGAACCCGUUCGAGUCCAACAGUGUGGUUCUUCUCUACCGAAGGGGUUGAAGUAGAACUCAGGCACGCUGCAAGAGAGUUUUUCCUUCGUGGCGGGAUCGAAGUGGAUCUUGAGAGGAGAGUUGUCUAUCUCACCAGGAUUAUUAAAUGGUACGAUGCUGAUUUUGGAGAAGAAAAAGAUAUCCUUAAUUGGAUAUUGAGCUACCUCGAUGCAACUAAAGCUGGGCUUUUGACUCAUCUUCUGAAUGACGGAGGUCAUAUCAACAUAUCCUACCAAAACUUCGACUGGUCUCCAAACUACUGAAGAGUCUCAACGCCCCAACUCCACUUUCUGACGUGAGAAGGUACUAAUAAUAUUUUUUGAAGGUUUUCUAAAAGACCAAGCAUAUGGCAGAUAGACACGAGAUUGAAAUGUGUAGGUCGCAGACUAUAGUUAUAUACACAUGUUGUAUGUAGAACCAUGAAUCUCACUCAUAAUUACCAAUAGUUGUACUGGUAGUGUUGGAGUGUUUGAUCGUACAGGCCACCAGCACUGUGUCACUCAUGCUCAUGAAAGCUGUAGUAGUGCUUGUAAGAAUGCAAUGUGGUGUUCUACACAUGCGUCUAUUUGUUGGAUUACUGUAGCAUCUGUGUUCUGAUACCCAACUUAUGGGAUUCUUAUGCCAAAUAAUACCGUAAAAAGAUGACAAGGAACUUAUGGUGGGAUCAAA